GAGACUCUCUUACGCAACGGUCGAGUCAUCUAGGGAUGUCUGCCGGCUUCUUUCGUGGUAUAAUCCUGCAACGUACUUCCUCUUUUGCCACUGCCCAGAUCAGAACCAAGUUCAAAAAUGUCGAUUACUCUCGGUUCCCCUCAUUGAAUGAAGAUGAUUUAGAGGAGCAGUUCGUACGUGGAAGUGGUCCAGGUGGGCAAGCCGUAAACAAGACUUCCAAUUGUUGUGUCCUCCGUCAUAAACCCACAAACAUUGUGGUCAAAUGUCACAUACACAGAGUAGCUUCGAGAAAUAGAGAGGAAGCCAGGAAGAUCUUGUUGACGAAGCUGGAUAACAUGUUGAACGGUGAAAUGUCGAUAGAGUCGCAGACAAAAGCCAUUGAGUCGAAGAAAAUCGCAGAGAAAACGCGCAAGCGGAACAAACUCAGGGAAAUGAAGGAGAGGUGGAAAGCAGGAUUCAAUAGUGGUAACGAAGAGUGAAUGUAGUCCAGUUGUUAGCUAGUUUUCGUAAUAAAUUUUGUGCUAUGUUGGAAA